CGCGAAUAAUCCAAACAUUGUGCAGCCUGGGAUUGCCGCAUAGCAACACACACCACACAAAGUGUAGCGACCCGAAAAGAUGGUGAUCAACUACAGUAAAUGGGACGCUCUCGAGCUCUCGGACGACAGCGACAUCGAAGUGCACCCGAAUGUCGACAAGAAGUCUUUCAUCCGCGCAAAGCAGGCGCAGAUCCACCAGGAGCGCGACCACAGGAAGCACCAAAUCAAGACGCUCAAGUAUGAGCGCAUCAUAAACGACGGCCUCAUCGCGCGCAUCGACAGCCUGCUCACAGCGCUGAAGUCGCACAAGGACAAGCUUGCAGACGGCGGCAAUGAGGACCAGCUGGUGUUCCAGGCCAUGAUGGAGGGCAUGAUGGGCCAGAAGGAGAACGCCCCGCCGCCGCCACCGGAGGGCGUGCACGAGCACAUCAAGGACAAGCCAACAUACCCGCAGAUGAUGGCUAGCAUGGUGGACAUCGUGAAGAAGGAGAUCGACGCAAGCAACAGCACAGACUCGCGGUACGAGCAGUUCAUCUCCGGGCUACAAAAGGAGAAGGGCCGCGUAGAGGACCUCCAGAAGCAGCUCCUGGCGAAGCUGGCCGAGCUCGAGAAGGAAGAGAAGAGGCACAUCACGAGUGAAGAUAUGAAGGAGGGCUUUAGCUACUCAGCCGUCAAGAAGGAAGACCAGAAGAAACCCACGCCCACCCCCUCCACAUCCAAGACCGAGACCGUCGAGCUCCUCAACGCCCCCAAGCGGCCCGGAGCCACACGCACCGACACCGCCGACUCAGGUGCUGACGCCGACAUUGAAGAAGGCACCGCCGUCGACGACGACGAUAACGUCGAAGCCUCACCGCUCGCCAAGAAAUUUGCCGCUAUAAAAGCCGGCGACUGGUACGCAUGUCUCCAGUUCCUAAUGGCGCAUUCGGAAAUCCUAAAAGAAUCCGAAACCGACGGCCUCCUUGUCGAAGCAUUCAACUCGCAGCUCGACGGCAAGCCCAAACACGCCCGACAGUGCGUGCACCAAGGCUUGCUGCUGCAGUACUGUCGCCAGCUCGGCGGGCGGCAGGGCGUGGAGCUGUUCUUCAAGCGCAUCCAGAGCCGCGACCACCAGGCGAGCAAGAUGUUCAACGACGACGUCGAUCAGACGUAUCACCGCAUCAAGACGCGCGCGGCUGAGAUCCUGAAAGAGCGCGAAGCCAACCCCGAGGGUGAGGGCAUCGAGCAGAUCCAACUCCACGCCGUCGACCCGGGGACGGAGAUCAGGAUCCAAGUUCCGUCCGCGAAAUCAACGGCGACGGAUCCGCAGGAGCGCGAGAUCGAGACGAUGGCCCGCGACAUCUUCGAGACAUUUCCCCCGGGCCUACAGCGCGCGCUGGAGACGGGCAAGCUGGAGGAGAUCAACAAGGUGCUUGCGAAGAUGAGCGUUGAGGAGGCGGAGGAGGUGGUCGAGAAGCUGGGCGAGGGUGGCAUGUUGAGCGUCGAGCAGGGCGUCAUUGACGCGACGACCGAGGAGGGGCAGAGGACGUUUGAGGAGAUUGAGAGGAGUAGGCGGAUGCCUGGAGAUAAAGUGAGCGACGAGGUGGAUCCUGAGACUGGGGAUCCCGCGUAAAGCGCGUGGUAUGGAUGUGCUCCGUAACGGUUUCACAAGUAUGUGGAUGGAUGGAUACUGUACGAUACAAUGCCGAGAUGAUGGUCUCCACGAAUCAUGCAUCAUGACUUCAUCAGCCUUCGCACACAAUACGGCUGUUGUUAUUGACGCUCCCUCGAGUUCUCUCUAUACCCGUCUGCACGCUUCCGCUGUCCCAAACCCUAAAUCAGCUCCUGCAGCUGCCCAUCAAUCCCAUCCAUAUCCCCAUCGCCCUGGAACGCCGCCCACUCAUCCUCCCCACCCCUUGACAUCUUCCUCUUCUUCGCCGCCUGCUCGUGCGCAAGUUGUCCAUGCACACCGCCCUCCUG